AUGGGUGCCGACAUCGAGGUGGACAACUGCAGCGGCGAGAAAGGCGGUCAGACGGCAGCGGGGCGGACGCGGAAGCUCAACGGGCGAACUUUGGACGGCACCUAUGACACGAUGUGGAACAAUACUGGCCGCUACUCUUCUGCGGAGGACUUGCGGUACAAAUUUGCCAACGGCGGCACAGUUCGUACUUCACCAGAGGCGACGCUGGACGCUGCGCGCGGCGCAGUGCUGGCGACGCACGCGGCGGCUGGGCUUGCGAGCGGCCAGCGGGAGGCGGUACGCCUCAUCCGCGCCGCCGAAGGCCUGCUGCGCACGGCGGUGGCUGUGCUCGCCACGCCCUCCUCCCCCGCGCUCGUCGCGGCGCCCCUGGCGGAUCCAGCGGCUUCCUCGCGCAGGAGGCGGCGGCCCCGCGGCCGCGGCGGCUCGAAGGGCGGGGACGAGAACGGCAAGCACUACAUCGUCGCUGACGGCAUGGACAUCGACAAGGGGUCGGCGGGCGAGGUGGCCACGGGGGCUGGCGCCCCGCCUCAGCCGAUGCUGGAGGACGACGCUUGGGCCGACGAGCUGCCCGUGGUGAUGCAGGCUCGUGGCCCGCCUGCCAGCACAGACCAGCGCGAGGGCAAGGGCAAGAACGCGGGCAAGGGCGGCGAGAGCGGCGGCAAGGGCAAGCUUGGCCACCUCGAGGUGUGGCAGCUGAGGAACCUCGUCGUCCGCCUGCGGGAGCGCGCUGGGCUGCCUCCCGCUCCCGAGACGGCCCCCUUCGACCACGGCGUGCUGGUCGCAAUGGCCGUCGAGCUCGAGGAGUUGGCGGCCUCGUCCGACGGCGCGCGUGGCGGGGGCUCCGUGUGCGCCCGCGACGACGUGCAGGCGGGCCACCCCUCCAGGUGGGCGCUGCCACAGAGGCUCGCCGUGGCAUUGAUGGAGCCUCCACCCCCCAGGUGGGUGCUGCAAAAGAAGCGCGUGCACCAAUCAGGGAGCCUGGCAGUGGGCCUCGGGCUGGCAGCGGCCGCGCCGGCCCUGCGCCCGACCAACUGCGAUGACCACGGCCAUGACGACGCCGUGGGGCGGCUGUACCCGAAGAUGUUACUUGACUUCGCGGCGUCGGCCUCGGGGACGCGGGGGGCGCUGCCUGGCUGGCGUUUCCUGGGUGUCACCCUUGAGGCACCUAGCGGGGACAGGGUGCCGGCGAAGGCUGCACAGGGCGGCGAGGGUUCGACCCUGGGGGAGUUGCUGCGCUGGGAAGCCGGCGCCAGCUUCGUGGCCAGCGCAUUCGCUGCAGCGCGGCAUUGCGACAGGGAGUGGUUGAAGAAGCCAGGGUUGUGGGCUUCGAGCGCUGGGGCAAGGAGCUCCAUCGGCGGCCGCGCAGGGCCGCUGCGGGUGGCGGCCCUCGUCGCCCCAGCGGUUGGGCCCGCCUGCGCGCGGGCGGAGGAGGUCGCUGCCGCCUGGAGCGCCGAGGUGGGCGGCGACCUCGGGGCGGGCGGCUUCGCCACGAUAGCAGAAGCGUUGAGAGCUGCUCCGGCUGGCUGUGGCGCUGUGGCCAUCGCCGUGAGGCCCGGCACGUAUGCCGAGCAGGUCAUCCUGCGGCCCGGCCCCCAGGUGACCCUGGAGGCGCGGCCCGCGGGCAGUGCCACGCUCAAUGGGAGACCGAGCGGCCCUACGAGGCCGCCGUGGCGGCCGAGCCGGGCGCACGGGCGGUCCUGCGGGGCUUCGGCAUCCGGCACGCCGGCAAGAGCGUGGCGAACAACUACGCCGUAUACUCAGCUGGGGCGGAGCUGGAGCUGGAGGACAUCGGCUGGAGUCAAGGGACAACAAGCCGCAUCGGCAGAUGCUUUGGGAGGUUCGCGCGGAUGCUUUGGGUCGGCGCUGUACCUUCCUUCCCUGGCGCGCGACGCGCGCCAGGUGCGAAGCCGCAGGCGUCGCCAGGGGUCCAGCCGCCAGCCCAAGAACUCCGCUUAG